AUGAUGAACGCACCCACUAUCAGUUCCAUUACGACAAACUUUUCCACGAAUGUUUAAGAAAUGUGACACCUGAGCUUGAAGUGUACCAUGGCGGAUGUCCGAGAUGAUUUUGCAAACUUAUCCCUAGAUGAAAUAGCAAGAAAAAGGCUGGAGUUGUUAGGCAAAAUUCAGAAACAAAUUUGUGUUGCAAUUAGCUCUCUCGAGGCCGGAAGUGACUUGGUGACAAACGAGCAAGUUCGACACAUCUUAUGUCAAGUAAACAAGAAUAUAGAUCUGAUAAAAGCCUCGUGCAACGAAGAAGAGUCAUCCGGUUUGAGGACUGUUGGGAAAGUAAGCCAGGAUGAACUGGCAGCCUGGGAGCGGCUAGGGGAAGGCGGAUUUUCAAGUGUGUAUAAGGCUAAGCUUAAAGGGAAUGAUGUUGCUGUCAAGGUGUUAAAAAAUCUUAAAGAAACAAGACCUCUGCUUACAGAAGGAAAUCUAUUGAGAGAUCUUCGACAUGAUAACAUUAUUGCAUUCAGAGGAAUGAACAUUUUGGAGUGUGAUAUCUCACAUGAGAAAUUCAUCCUUAAAGCAGGAUGCCCUUUUCUGGUGAUGGAGUACAUUCCUAAGAACUUGUACAGAUUUGUCGAGGAUCACAAAACUCCAGAAUCUAGGGGACUUCCUAAAAGUCAAGUGUGGACCAUUGGUAGAGGAAUGGCUAAUGGCUUGAUGUACCUACACAGUUUGAAUCCUCCAAUAAGCCACAGGGAUUUAAAACCUGACAAUAUACUGUUGGACAUCAGAAGCUUGCGGGUAAAACUAGCAGACUUUGGCUUAUCAAGAACAAUUGAGAGGAGUGGCAAUGAUCUGUCUUUGUUCCAUGCGCGCUGGACAGCACCUGAAGUGUGGGAUGAUUACUUCACAGAUGAUGAGUAUAAUGUAGAAGAACUGACAGACACAACAGAAAAUGAAACUGUGGAAGAAGAGCACACAGGCUUUGAUGACGAGUUUUUUUAUCUACGUGCUGACAUCUACUCGUAUGCUCAAGUAGUAGCCUAUACGUUAACAGGAAAUACACCGUGGCAGGGUAGAAACUCUGUCAGUGUACAGGGUAUUCAAAACAACUUGAUAACGAAGGAGGACAGAGUGGAGUUGCCCGAAGAAGUGGGUGGUGUAUUAAGAAAAGUUAUAGAAGACUGUCGUUUGGAAAAUCCUGAGAUGAGACCUACAGCAGACCAACUGGUUUUGGAGUAUUUUAGUGGUGAUGUUAACCCGUACCAAACUGAAGCCAAAAGCGCUGAGUUCUUUUCCUGUGGAUUCCUCCAGAACACUUAUAUCUUUGUUGCUGAGAGCUUAGUGGACGAGGUAAUACUGGGUAAAAAUUUCCGCACAGCUCCAUACUACUGGGGCUUCGAGUCAUGCUACCAAAAAAUAAACCAGAUGCUUUGCCCACAGGUGAAAAAUAUGUCCAAAGGUUCAAAAGAUGGAGAAGAAGAAAUUAAAGUUGAUGAAAUUAUAUUCAAGGUUGAAGGACGGGCCAAAGAAAUGAAUCUAAAGAAACUUGAACGUAUUUCGCCGCCGGUGGAUCGAUUUUGGAGGCGAAAGAGAACCCAAACGUGGCCGAAUGUUCCGUUGUCGGAACUGAGUAAAUUAAAUGGAUGGAAUCCAUUGGCGACGAUUCCCGAAAGCGACGCUGUGAAAUCGUCGGAGAAGAGUUCGGGUCGACGAGCCCGCGCUAAAACUGUUUCGGACCUCCGAGUCCGUAUUCAAGAUGAGCAACUGAGGAAGAUUAUCUUGGACGUGCUUACGUCGUAUUUGUCGCAAUUUUCGCAAUAUGAUCAUACUCUUUUUGGCCGGCUUGGCCCCUUGCUAAGUGAAUUGAUAAAAGUUCGUGUUGAGGAGUGCAUCGAAGGACGAUGUAAAAUAGUAUCACAGGUUUAUAUUGGAGCUGUUGUUGGUGAGGGAAUAGAUGCGGCGACGCAAUGUUUAUGGACACCGCAUUGUGAUAAAUAUGCUACGGCUAGUUAUGGAACUCAGUUUUUAUUUGCUGUAGGAAUCGUAUUCGUUGUACAAUUAUAA